AUGGUGGUAUCUAAAUCAGAAGAAAUACAAUCUAAGAUAUCUUCAACAAAGAAACAUUUAUCUAAGUUUAAAUCCUUUUUCAAAAAUAUUAAUGUUGAAUCUUUCAAAAAUGAUAACUUCUCUUCAGCAAAAGGUAUUAGACCUUUAGUUUUUCAAGAGACUCAAUAUUUCUCAAAUGGAGAGAUUAUUGAAACAACUCAACCAGAUAAUCAUUUAAUUAUUAAAGAUAAAUCCAGAACUUUUUUCAAUGUUGAGAGAAAAGAUGAACAUACACCUGUGGUUGAACAACAAUUACGUGGUAGAAGAAGAAAAGAAACAGUGAAUAAGAUAAAAUAUUUUUUUAAAGAAAAAAUUGCUCCUGUUUUUCAAUCUUUUAAGAAAACAGAUGAUGUGCUAGGUUUGGAUAUAAAACUGUAUGCCACGGCAUGCAAAAAUUAUAAGGUGAGGCAACAAAUUAAAAAUCUUAAAGAGACAGUAUUUGAAAUUAAGCAGAUUAAGCAACAUCUACUAAAAAAAGUUGAAAAAUAUAACUCAAAUUUUGAUCCAUUAGAAUUAGAAUACAUGGAAUUACUGAGUACAGAAAUAGAUUCACUAAAAACUUUAUUACAAAAAAAAAGAUUAGAAAAAAGAGCACAAGUAAAUAGUCUAGUAGAAUUAUUAUACCGGUUACAAUACUUAGGGGAAAACAUUGAAGAACAUGAAAAUGUAUUGAAAGUGCAAAAGGAAGAAGACAAUGAAAGUAGAGAAAACAUACUAAGAGAAAGACAUCUGAUACUAAGAGAAAGAGAACGGCGAAAUGAAAAAACCGAACUAUAUAAAUGGCAAUUAGACCAGAUUGAAAAGCAAAGGUUGCGUCCCAAGGAAAACGAGAGGCCAAUCCUUCAUUUUUCAAAAAUAAAUCCCUGGACAGUAAAAAAUGAUCUGCUGAGGGAUCAGAGUGAGCAAAUCUCAUCCUGGCAGUUAAGAUUUAAUUUUUUACAACGUCAAAAACCAUCUGUAACCAUAUGGGAGAUACAGAGUGGUGAGGUACCAUUGUCAGGUGUUCAUCCUCGGACAUUACGAUAUGCACAAGAAUAUGCAAAAAAAUAUUAUGAUAUGCAAUUAGAAAUAGAACAAAUUAUACAGCAACAAGAACAAGAAAAGCUUCAAUUAGAAAGGGAUACUGUUGAGUACGUGAAGGCAUUCUGGAAUACCAAAAGUAGACAAAUAGCAAGAGAAAUUAAGGAAAGUGAAGUCUUACAGCAAUUGAUAACAUUUAAUAAUAAGGUUGGAAUUCAUAUAUCCAAUCUUUAUCAUAGAAUUAUUUAG